UCGGUAUCCGAAUUAAGUCCGGGUUUCAAAAUCGGGUAUUCCCAUUAUUCAACCCUAUCAGCCUUCGAAAAUUCCCCCAAUUUAUUUAUUUUCUUCAAUUCGCGUUCAGAUCUGUUCUUUCUUCCAGAUCGAUCUUCAAAUCAAUUGUUAAAGUAACAUGGGUUAUAAGCGAACUUUUGAAGCUGAGGAUGUGCAAGAGCUCAGCGUUAAGCAUGCAAGACAGAUUAGUUAUUGCAAUAAGCUGGCCAAACUAGAUGAAGGAGUUCCAUGUCAUGUUUCUUUUGAGAAGCCAAGUCUUGUCAUAGCAGGAGACCAUCUGAGUGAUCUCUAUGGGUUUAAAAGUGAGGAUAACGUUGAGAAAGAGUUUGAGACCCAUCCACCUUUCUCUUGGAUGACAUCCUCUUUUGAAGAGGAUUCUCAGUCUGGUGGGACGACUCAGUCUACCCUUUCUGAUGCGUCUCCCGAGUCGGAUUUUCUCUGGAGACCAGUUUGCCUUGCAGACGAUGUUGAGUGGUGUCAGAGUUCUCCUAAUAAACAAGUUCCAAUCGGGUCGGAUUACCAGGCUGACAUUCCUGAAUGUGUCAAGGACGAAGUCCUUGAUGCUAUCAAUGACAACGAAGAACAAGUGAUGAUGAUGGGGAAGUGCGUGAUUCCAAUGCCUGACUGCGAAACCGAGGUCUGCGAAACUGGUGAAGGAAGAAAGGAGUGCGUUUGCAUGGAUAAAGGGUCCAUCAGAUGCGUGCAGCAGCAUAUAAUGGAAAACAGAGAAGGCUUGUUCGAGACUAUUGGAUACGAAAGAUGUCUCGAGUUAGGUGUCGGCGAAAUGGGGGAGGAAGUUACUGGUAAGCUAACCGAAGACGAGGAGGAUCUAUUCCACGAGGUUGUAUACUCAAACCCGGUUUCACUAGACCGAGAUUUCUGGAAACAGCUGAAGUCUGCGUUUCCUUCGCGAACCAUGAAGGAGAUUGUGAGCUAUUACUUCAAUGUCUUCAUCCUGCGAAGACGAGCUGUACAGAAUCGGUCUCAAAGCCUCGACGUUGAUAGUGAUGAUGACGAGUGGCAAGUAGAGUACGACGACAACAACACGAGUUAUGGUCCUCAAACUCCUGGAAAGAGCAUCUCAAGAGUUGAAGAAGAAGAGGUGAAUGGUGAAGAGGAUUCAUGCAUGUCCUAUGACUUCAAGUCCAAUACAUUCUCCACUCGAUGUCCAGUUAGAAAGAGAGAAGAGUCCAACGUUGGGAACUACUGGCGCCACUGCAAUGAUCUUGUGGAGGAUCAUCAUCCGUAUCCAACCAAGGAUGUUAAGGAGAAAGAGAUCAAGCGGCAAACAUUGCUUGAGGUUGUGGUUUAUGUAGCCACACUGCAAAUAACAAGUUCAGUGAAAACGUUAUCCAAGAAGCCGUUAGAAUGGUUUCUGCUAACGUACUCAGAACAUUGAAUCCUCUCAACCGCGCGAAAACAAAGUUGUCGAUGGUCUAGACUUGGAAGAGGAAGAGCCUUCCAUGGUUGCCUUCUUGGCCUCAUUUGCAGCUUUCCUACGAGCUUCUCUUGAGGCUCAUUGCCUCACCUGAGACUGAGACAAAGCUUUCUAAAAAGAUUCAAUCACAAGGGGAAUGUUGAAAUACUUGUGAUUGAAUCUUUAAAAAAUUUACAGGAUGCAGAAGCAGAAGAGUGCAUCAUGAAAGUUGUUUUGUUGUAGAGAGAGGUUUUGUUUUUGUAUUAUACUUUUCUACCACAUCAAAGAUAAUUAUUCAAACCA